AAGCGUCACAUAGAGUUGAUAGAGCUGGAGAACGAUGGGAAGGGGCUGGGCUUCGGCAUUGUAGGGGGUCGAUCCUCUGGAGUCCUGGUCAAAACCAUCCUACCAAGUGGCCCUGCUGGACUGGACAAGCGUCUGCGUAGCGGAGACCACAUCCUGCGUAUCGAGGACACAGACCUGGCGGGCAUGGGCAACGAGGAAGUGGCUCACGUUCUCCGCAACGCAGGGUCAAGGGUCAAACUGCUGAUUGCUAGGGACGUCGCGGUCUCCACGGGAACCAACGACCUCUCCCUCUCCUCGCCCCCGCUCCCUCUCCUCGUCCAGCAACAACAGAGGGUGGCCAGGAUGGGCAAACAGCUGUGUGAUGUGGAGGAGGACUUUGAGUACAGUGUCCAGUUCAGCAAGAACAACAGGGGCCUGGGAUUCACUGUCACCAGCUCCAUAGGGGAGCAGAACUCUGGGGUGCAGGUGAAGAGCAUUGUGAAGGGCAGCUCUGUGGACCAAGCCAGUCAGAUACACAUCGGAGACAAGAUCUUAGCUGUGGAUGGUGUCAGCCUGCAGGGCUGCAGUGAGCAGAGAGCCCUGGAGGUCCUCAGGAAGACAGGCCAGAUAGUCAGACUGAGGCUGAUGAGGAGGGCCUGUAGGAUGGGUAAAACCAUGAAGUAUCCCCCUCCUCCCCUGGAACCCUACGUCGUCACCCGUACAGAGACAGGGAAACAUGACAAGACAGACCAGACUGGUGUCAUCAACAGAGGAAAACAAAUGUCUCUGCGUGAGAUGUCCAGAAGAGCCAGUAUGAUGUACUCUGAACAACGACUAGACGCCAGAACCGGAGUGAAGCUGACGGCAGCAGAGGAAGAGGAGUUGAAGAACAGGUGGCAGGCGGCUCUGGGACCCAGAUAUCAAGUGGUUGUAUGUCAGCUGGAGAGGUUCAGUGAGACCAGUGGUCUUGGCAUCAGCACGGAGGCCAGGGCAGGACACCACUACCUGUGCUCCGUCUUACCUGAGGGGCCCGUCGGACAGAGCAGGAAGAUACACCCUGGAGACCAGAUACUGGAGGCGAAUGGUAUCCCUCUGAUAGGAGAGACUCACAGAGAGGUGAUCAGCGUUCUGAGAGAGCUGCCUCUGUGUGUCUGUAUGGUGUGCUGCCGCGUCGUGCACCCACAGCUACGGGACAGUGACCACGACGAUGAUGAUGAUGAAGAUGUACAGCUCCCCCUCAAAGAGCUACUGGCUGAGUUCAACGGCAAGUCCCAGUAUGACCAGCCCUGCUGUCUACUUCCUGGUUGUAACAACAUGGAUUGUGGGAGUCGUGGUUUUAAUAAGCCUGUGUCUCCUCCUCUGGCCAUGUGGGAGAGAGACAGUCAGGUGAUAGAGCUGGUGAAGGGAGAGGAAGGCCUGGGAUUCAGCAUCCUAGACUACCAGGACCCAGAGGACGACUCCAAGACUGUCCUGGUAAUCCGCUCCCUGGUCCCCGGUGGCGUGGCCGACUCAGACGGACGCCUGCUGCCCGGUGACCGGCUCAUGUCCGUCAACGACGUGGACCUGGUCCGGUCGACGCUGGGGCACGCCGUGCACGUCCUCAAAACCACCGGCUACGGGGUCGUGCGCAUCGGCGUCGCCAAGCCGCUGCCGAUCGAGUGUUGUGUCCUGGAGUCCAUCCCAGAGUCGUCGAGGUCGUCGAGAGACGAGACCCAGUCGUUAUCGAGAGAUGAGAAGGAUACUCUCUACUCAGCUGGGAUGCUAGCCUCCUCCACACAGCAGGCGCAUGCUAACAGCUACGGCUCACAGCAGAGGAACAGCCAACCGUGCUCCACACUGAAGGACGAGAAAUCUCCGCGUCAUUGUUCCAGCGGCAACAUGGAGGACGGCGAUAAGCUCCUGGCCCCGCCCCCUUCUUUCGGCAGCCAUUUUGAGAGGACAAUCACUGUUGUCAGGGGCAACCGUAGCCUUGGCCUGACAGUGAGUGCUAUGAAGGACGGCUCAGGGAUGUUGAUCCGGUCAGUGGUCCGUGGAGGGUCUGUCUGUCAGGACGGGCGGCUGGGCGUCGGGGACACUAUCCUGGCUGUUAACGGAGAACCCAGCACCAACCUGACCAACGCUGUGUGCAGAGCCAUGCUGAGGAGACACUCUGUUACAGGUUCAGAUAUGAGUGUGACAUUCAUCCCUUCGUUUCUGGUAGAGGAGCACCGUGCGUCCAUGGCCCAGCAGCCUCUGUCAUCCAUCAUGGUGGACGGCCCCUCACCCUGUCCAACCCUUUUCCCUACCCCUCAUGGAGCCCCAGAUACAGCCUCAACAGUCCCAACUCCAGGUCCAGCUACAGCCCCAAGGCCUCAAGGCCCUUCUCUACCCAGACCUGUAGUAUCAGUUACAAGUACAGCUCCAGCCUCAACGCCAACCAAAGGCCCACCCAGACCCCCACCCCCAGACAAGAGUCCGAUCCCUAAACCCCCACCCUCACCCGUACCAAUGAAGGAGAGGAGUGGUUUGGAUGGAGUGAGAGAGGAGGAGAAGAACGUGGAGAGGAAGCGAGAGGAGGAGGAGGAGGAGGUGAGAGAGGAAGAAGAGAGAGAGGAUGAGAUGUUGGUUUAUCCUACUAACCUCAGUUGGGCUCAACCUAGAAGGGUCAAGUUGAUGCGUUCUUCAGGCCAGUCUCUGGGCAUCAGUAUCAUGGGAGGGAGAGGGAUGGGCAGCAGGCUGAGCAGUGGAGAGGUGAUGAGAGGAGUGUUCAUUAAACACAUCACACCAGACAGCCCUGCUGGACACAACGGCACCCUGAAGACUGGAGACAGGAUACUGGAGGUAGGAGGCAUGGAUCUGAGAGAUGCCAGCCAUGAGCAGGCAGUGGAGGCCAUCCGUAGUGCUGGAGACCCUGUUGUCUUCCUGGUACAGACUGGACAACACACAUCACAGUCGUCUCCUGUGCUCUCCAACCAUGAGAGACAAGCCUCAGCAUCACACAGGGGCUCACCGAACAACAGGAUGCCAGAGAGUCACAGUGGUCUGUUCCUUCGUCUCUCCCCCGCCAACCCCUUCACCCCUACUCCCUUUAAGCCGACAGCCAAUAGGACGGUCAGGAGAAGCCCCACAACUGUCUCUGCACCAAUCACACGGAGAGACACGGAAGACGACGGCUGGAAGAGGAUGAUGUCCAGGUAUGGAGGUCUUCCAGGUGAGCUCCAUAUGAUAGAACUGGAGAAGAGUCCCCGUGGAGUCACGAGCACCGAGGCCCCGGGACAGGGUCUGGUUCCUGGUCUGGGUCUCAGCCUGACGGAGGACAGGGAUGGUUCCAGAACCCACCUCGGUGUCUACGUGGCCGGGGUCGAGCUUUGUGAAUGGAGCCCCCAGGGGCGGCGGGGCGAGACGGACGGAUACGGGCGGGAGAUGAGCUACUGGAG